UACCCCCUAAGUAGCACAUUACUCGGGAGAGCGCUCAGUCCGUGUCAGCUCCCGCCGCAGCCAUGGCCCUGCUGCAGCCAGCCCGGCGCCUGCUCUCCGCCGCGGCCCAGCGCCACCUCUGCCUGGCCCCCGUCGCGGCCAGAGCCAGCUCCUGGUGGUCUCAUGUGGAGAUGGGACCCCCUGAUCCUAUUUUGGGGGUGACUGAAGCCUUUAAACGAGACACCAACGCUAAGAAGAUGAACCUGGGUGUUGGGGCAUACCGGGACGAUAACGGGAAGCCAUUUGUCCUGAACAGCGUCCGCAAAGCGGAGGCCCAGAUAGCUGCUAAGAAGAUGGACAAGGAGUACUUACCCAUUGCAGGGCUGGCGGAGUUCAAUAAGGCAUCAGCUGAGCUGGCACUGGGUGACACCAAUGAGGUUAUCAAGAGUGGCCGGUAUGUCACCGUGCAGACGAUUUCUGGGACUGGGUCUCUAAGAGUUGGAGCCAGUUUCUUGCAACGAUUCUUCAAGUACAGCCGUGACGUGUACCUGCCCAAACCAUCCUGGGGCAACCACACCCCCAUUUUCAGGGAUGCUGGCAUGCAGCUGCAGGCCUAUCGCUACUAUGAUCCCAAGACCUGCGGCUUUGACUUCGCUGGAGCCUUGGAUGACAUUUCUAAAAUUCCCGAACAGUGUGUCAUUCUCUUCCACGCCUGCGCUCACAACCCCACUGGUGUGGACCCCCGACCAGAACAAUGGAAGGAGCUGGCUGCUGUGGUGAAGAAAAGGAAUCUCUUUGCAUUCUUUGACAUGGCGUACCAGGGCUUUGCCAGCGGGGACAUAAACCGGGACUCCUGGGCUGUGCGUCAUUUUAUUGAGCAAGGCAUUAAUGUUGUUCUGUCUCAGUCCUAUGCCAAGAAUAUGGGCCUUUACGGGGAGCGCGUGGGUGCCUUCUCAGUGAUCUGCAAGGAUGUGGAUGAGGCCAAGAGGGUGGAAUCCCAGCUGAAGAUCCUGAUCCGCCCCAUGUAUUCAAACCCACCCGUCAAUGGAGCUCGUAUUGCCUCCACCAUCCUGAUGAGUCCUGACCUGCGGAAGGAAUGGCUGGAAGAGGUGAAGGGGAUGGCUGACCGGAUCAUUGACAUGCGCAACCAGCUGGUGGCCAACCUCAAGAAAGAAGGCUCCUCCCACAACUGGCAACACAUCACCGACCAGAUCGGCAUGUUCUGUUACACGGGGCUGAAACCUGAGCAGGUGGAGCAACUAACCAAAGAGUUCUCCAUAUACAUGACAAAAGAUGGCCGGAUCUCCGUGGCAGGGGUCACAUCUGGCAACGUGGGUUACCUAGCUCAUGCAAUACACCAAGUCAGCAAGUAAACACGGUGGAGCAGACGGCCUUCCCUUCAACGGUCUUUGGACUUUCUGAAUCAAGAGGAAGGGGAAGUGCAUUUGGGGGGUUGGGGCAAGCAGAAUAUUUACUUUCAACCACA